AUGUUCGGCGAAGAGGGCAAGGAAAAGCUCAUCAAGACAUUGAGGCAACAGAUUGCCGACAGAGAUGCGCGCUAUUCUCAGCUACUGAAGGAGAAGACAGCACAGGAUGAGACGUUGAAGGAGAAGACGGAGGCAGUCGAUUCGCUGCGCACGAAGGCAAACAAUGAAGAGUCACGCGCGGAUCGUACGGAGGCCGCGUUGAAGGGGACGAAGGACGACCUUGCGAAUGCCAAGCUCAACGUGACCAACCUUGAGACCCAAUUACGGACAGAGAGAGCGCGCGCAUCCGAGUCAGAACGGGAGAAGGGAAGGCUGGAGUAUGAUCUGGCUAGCCUCUCGCACAGCGGCCCAGGGCCCUCGACAGUGGAGAACAAGCUCAACGCGCGCGUCAAAGCUCUCGAACAGGAGCUGCAGAGAAAGGAUGCGGAGGUCGUCCGCCUCACGCGGACACCCCCACCCACGCAACGCACGCAACGGAAGCGGCGCUCCUCGGUGGGCGACUUGGACCUUGCCCUCACGAACCAGCGGGACGACGCGACCAAGGCCGCCGCGGCCGCGCAGCGCGAGGUCGCGAGCGUCAAGGCGCGUCUAUCUGCCACCGAGCGCGAGCGUGAUCAGGCAUUAAAUGCACGUUUGGCGGCUGAGAAGCGCGCCGCGCGCGAAACUGAUAGCUUGCAGGAACGCGUUGAAGAGCUGCAAUACUACCUCGACCAGCGGGGCGGAUCGCAACCGGCCGCCGCGAGCGAGAAGGCAAGAUCUGAGCGGGAUACAGCACUCGCCCGUGCCGAGGAGUUGGAGGGGAAGUUGAAGUUGAAGGAGGGCGAGGUGGAGGAGACCCGGAACGCGUUGGAAGAGAGGGCGAAAGGUCUCGAGAUGCUGACGGCCGGCGCCAGCGCCGCGGAACAGCAGGUCGCCGAGCUGCGCGAUACGGUCAAGGAGCUCGAGGCUCAGCUUGCGAGAGCUCAUGGCACGCACGUUGAGAAGGCUGAUCAGAUCGAGCGCGAGCGCGACGCUGCACGUGCGGAGAUCGUCAGUCUGCAAUCUCGGAUUGAAGAAUCGACACGUAACUUCCAGCGGUCCAGCGCCGAGCUCGAGGCUGAACGGGCCAGAUAUGCGGCUCUCCGGGGACAGGUUGAGGUGCUCGAGAGGAAAGCAGCCAGCACAACUGAGGCAGAGGCUGUCGCAGCCGAGGCCCGCGCCCGCGUCCAGCAGCUCGAAGAAGAGGCUAGAGCAUCCACGUCAAAGCUCGCCGAUGCCGAGCUCUCUUUGUCCACCGCCCAGGAGACCACCUCUGCUGCCGAGAGCGUGCGCGACGGCCUCCAGACCAAGCUCGACGCCGCCCUCGCUGACGUAACCAUUAAAGACGCUCGCUUGUCAGAGAUGGAAGCCGAGAUUGCCAUCUCUACUGGCCUCAAAACCCAGCUCAUUUCUGUCCGCAACGAGAGCAAGCGAUGGCGUGAAACAGCCGAGACGUACCAGACUGAGAUCAUGGAGAUGGAGACCGUCCUGCAAGAAGAGAUCAGUGACCUGUCACAAAAGCUCUCUAUCGCGAACGAGGAUCUCUCACGCGCAACGUGGGAUCGCGACGCAGCUCAAACCGCUGUUAAGCGUCUCGAGACCGAGAUCCUCACCGGUUCCAGCCCGAAUGAUCAAGACGAGAUUGUGCGCCUCCGCGAGGAGCGUGACCGUCUCUCCGCCGAGCUCCAGGACAAGGUACUCCUCUUAGACGCUAGAGACGUACCCAGCAAGGAGCAAGUUGAGAAGAUGACUCUCACGAUUCGUCGGUUGCGAAGUGAGCGUGACGAAUUCAAGGGCCAGGUGGCAUUCGCCGAGGACGAGCGCAAGUUUGCCGAACGCGCGAUAACCGCCAGCCACGAGAAGCUCAAUGAUGCGGUCGCGCAGGUGCAGCAGAAGGACACACUUGUGUCUGAACUCGAGGCGAAGCUUGUCGACCACGAGUCUUGGCAGGGAGAAGGCGAGGCGCUCAGGUCCCAGAUUAACGAGCUGCAGCCCAACAUUGCUGCCCUCGAGGCCACAAUUUCCGACUUUGAGCGGCAGCUCGCCGAAGCGGAAGAAGCGCGUGCACAGCUGGAUGAGACGGCUGCGCUUGUUGACAUUCUUGGUGACGAGAAGGCUGUGCUCCAGAGUAAGAUCGCUUCACUCGAGUCCAAGAUCGAGACUCUCGAGGCGGAAGCGUCCGCAAAUGCCGAUGGUUUCCGCCAGGAGCGCGACGGCUUUAUGCGCCGCCUCAACGGCACAGAAGGCGAGCGCGACACGGCCAAGUCGCAGCUGACUGCGCUGGAAAGCCAGACUGCAGACCUUCGUAGCAAACUCGAUUCUGCCACAGCCGACCUCGCCACUGAAACGGCCGCUCGCAAAGCGGCUGAGAACCGGGCGGCGUUACAGGCCGCGGCCGGAGAUGGCGAGGCACAGAGUCUCCUCGCGAAAGAGCAGGCGCGAGUCGAGCGUCGUGACAACUUUAUCAAGCUCCUCGAGGUGGACAAGCAGAAGCUCGACUUCAACCUCAAGAGCGUACAGGACGACUUUUCGCAGCUGUCCGAGGCGCACGCAGCUGUCGAGGCAAGGCUUGCGGCCGCCGUUCCACAGGACACCUUCGACCAGCUCAAUAGAGUACAUGACGCCCUCAAGACUGAGCACGCGAACUUAGCCCACAGUCUCGAGAAUGCGCGUGCCCAAACGACUCGUCUGCAGGAGACUCUUGAGAGCACACAUGUCGACCUCGAGAGCCUCACGAUUGCACACGCCCGCACUCUUGCAGAGCACAAGGCGCUCAAGGCGGAACACGUAGCCGUCCGUGAGGAACUGGGCGAGAUUACUGAGCAUACCCGACACCGUUCCCAGGAGGUUAUCGCUCUGGUGCUCGCCGUCGCUGUGCACCGCCAAGCCGUGGCCUCCGCCGCCUUACAUGCCAACAACCUGGGGUUGCAGCUGCGCGCCUCUACUGAGCGUGUUGCCGCUCUUGAGGAUGAGCGCACUGUGCGUGAGCUUGCCGGGACUUCGGCCCUGCUUGAGGAACUCGAGGAGACCAAGUCUGGGCUCCGGCUGGCCGAGGAGAAGCUCGCCGCGCUGCAGGUGACGUCGGCCGAACUCAGCACCGCCACCGAGAGGACAGCCUCGCUCCAGUCGCGCAUUGCCGAUCUCGAGAGCGCCCUGGCCAUGUCCGAGUCCGCGCACGGUGAUGCUACGGCGCGCACAUCCGCUCUUGAGGAAGAACUCACUGUAGCCGAGACGGCGCGCACUGAGCUGAAGAUCCGCGCCAAGGAACUGCAGAUUCGUGUUGGCGAUAUGCAGGACGACCUCGACGCUGCGAGAACCGUGUAUGACGGCGCAACUGGCCGUGCUGUGAUGCUCGAGAAUGACCUCGCCAAUGCUCUGAAGACGCUUGCGGUUGCGGAGGACCGCCACGCACGCGCCAUAGGUGAUCUUCGCGCUCAGCUUGAUGCCGCUGCCACCAAGGCCGAGGGGAAGCUUACUGCCGCGAAGAAUGAGGCUGUACAGACCAAGGCAGCCGACGAGCAAGUCAUCGCCGAUCUUGAAGCCGAGCUCACAGCCACUCACGAGCAAGCGGGAGCCGAUCUCGCAGAUGCCCAUGACCGCAUCAAGGCCGCUGACGAGGAGGUCGCCACGCUCUCCGAGACGAUUGACUCCCUCCGCGCCGAUCUCGAGGCCGUCCGUGACGAGCACGACACAGCUGCAGCCCGUGCUGAAAACGCUAUGUCCCAUGCGGAUGCGCUUGCGGCUGAUGUUGCCCGCAUGCAGAGCGAGCUCGAGGCCGGUGAGGAGCUGGCCAAGGCCGCGGCCGAGCGCAUCGAGUUGCUGGUUUCCGACCUCAGUGCGGCCCGCGCGCAAAAUUCCACACUGGGAUCCGACCUCGACGCGGCGACGGCGGACCUCCAGGCAGUCCAGUGUGAGCUCGACAGGCAGCGCACACGCGAGUCGGAUCUUGUCGCGGAGCUCGACACGGCUCGCUUGGACCUCGGCGAUGCGCAGGAUGUGCUCAAGGAGGCCCAGAAUAGGGCUGCUGUAGCCGAGGCGGACGCGCGCAAGGCGGCGUCACACCUGAGCUUCAUGGAGCGUGGGCAGGUCGACAUGUCCACCCGACUUGCAACGUUGCGCGACGAGCUUGUGCAGGCACAGGCUGCCGUUGCUGCCGCUGAAGGUCAGGCUCGCGAGACCGAGCGUCUCGCGAACGCCAACAAGGCUCUCAAGGACACGCUGGCCGAUGCCGAGGAGGAUUUGAAAUACAAGACGGCCUCGCUCGACGCAAAGAACCUCGACCUCGAGGAGGCAGACGACCGCGAGAUGGAGCUCAAGAAGCAGAUCAAGAAGGCGGGUGCAAGGGCUGAGAAGCUCUCGCGUAAGGUGCGCGUGCUGGAGAGCGAGAUCGAGACGCUCCAGAACACGAUGGAGAACAUGUCGCCAAGGCGAACGCGCGAGAUCCCAUCCAUCGCCAUCACCCCAUCGUCUUCCUCUGCUGGGGCUCGUGCAACUGCCGCGGCCCUUGCAUCCGCAGCCGAGUCCUCUUUGUCUUCCUCUGCGCCCUCCGGACCGUCCACUACACCCCGGGCCAAGCGGAGCCGUGAGGCCGAGGAUGAGUUGGUGACGCGCGAGGUGUGGGUUGAGGACGGCCCACUGCCGAAGCGCAACAGCCCCCCAAGUGAGGGUAGACAACCAUUGGCAGCCCGCACGAAUCGCCAAGCCCGUAAGCCGCUCACCUCCACCGAGCGCGCAUUCAUGCAGAAGCGCGCUCAGAUGGCGGCGAGUACUCCGAGCGAGCGUAAGGUCGCGAUGCGGAGCGUGCUUGGGUCAGCCACAACGCCGGGUGCGACGCCGGGCGACAGGCGGGUGUUUGGCCCAGGAGGGCCGGGAUCGGGGCGUUCUACUUCGGGAUAA